GCAAAAAAUGAGUCCCAAGGUGGGAGUCCCAAGAAGGGAUGCCAGCUGCAAAAAUCAAGGAAAAGCAUAACAAACAAGUAUCCAGUGGAUGCAAAGGAAUGGAGGACACGGGUGACUGAAUGGUGGCAUAGUGGGUGGAGAAAUUAGCUAGAGGGACGGAAAGGCAGAGGGAGGUGAGGCUGGUGAGGAUGAAAAUUAGGGAACUCUAAAGCAUGGAGCUGCAAAAGGGAGGAGGUGGCAUCCUGGAGGGUUAUAAAAGGAUGGGUGAGGGUGGUGGUCGGCCUCCACCUCUGAUCUCCCCAGUGUGGGAGGAAAGUGGGAGAGCACAGAGCCAAAAGGAGAGCCUGGGGGAAAGUGGUGGAAGGCUGAUAAGGGCCUGUGUCUGAGAGAGAGGCUGUUCCUUGGGUCUGGGAGUCCCUAUCGGACUGGCGUUUCCAUCUCACCCCUACCCGCUUCCUGCCCCUGGCCAAGGCCUCCCUGGAGCUGGAAUAGAGAAGGACCAAGUCAUUCCCUUAAAGAAGCUCUGAGCAUCCAGACGUCUUUCUGCCUGCCUGUCCCCAUGCCUCUCAUCCUCCUGCUGCUCCUGUUGCCAAGCCUCUCCUAUUCCCACCCCAACUGUGAGAUCUUCAAAGGGGCCAACAAGGUGGAAGUGAACUGUGAGAAGCAGAAGCUGACAAAGUUGCCCUUGGGCCUGCCAUCAGAUGCAAAUACCAUCUACCUCAGGGAGAACCCCCUUGGUACCUUCUCCUUGGGAUCCCUGGUAUCUUUCACUCACCUCACUAAAUUGUACCUGGAUCAAAGUGAGCUGACCACACUACAGACUGAUGGGGUGCUGCCACUGCUGGGGACCCUGGAUCUAAGCCACAAUAACCUGAAAAGACUGCCCGCAUUAGGGCAGGCACUGCCUGCCCUCACCAUCCUGUACGUCUCCUUCAACAAGCUGACCUCGUUAUCUCCUGGUGUCCUGGAUGGCUUGAGCCAACUCCAAGAGCUCUACCUGCGUGGCAAUCUGCUGAAGACCCUGCCCCCUGGGCUCCUGGCGCCUACCACCCGGCUGAAGAAGCUCAGUCUGGCUGACAACAAAUUGACUGAGCUGCCCCCUGGGCUCCUAGAUGGGUUAGAUAAACUUGAUACCCUCUAUCUCCAAGGGAACAUGCUGCACAAUAUACCAAAGGGCUUCUUUGGGGACCGCCUCCUGCCAUAUGCUUUUCUCCAUGGCAACCCGUGGUUCUGUGACUGCGAGAUCCUCCAUUUCCAACGCUGGCUGAAGGACAAUGCCCAAAAUGUCUACUUGUGGAAGGAGGGUAUGGAUGUCAAGAGCACAACCUCCAAUGUGACCACUGUGCGAUGUUCCAAUAUACACGAUAUGCCUGUCUACACCUUCUCAGGAAAGGAUUGCCCAACCCUGGGUGAUGGGGAUAAUACAGACAUCUAUGAUGACUAUGAAGAAGAGGACCUUAAGGAUGGUAAGGUGCAUGCCACAUGGAGUGUGGUCAAGAUCUCUACCAACACCAAAGCCCAUACCACCCGGUGGGGUCUGCUCUACUCAGAGUCUACUACUCCUCUCUACAGCCAAGUGCUCUUCUCGUCUCCAACCCAAGAAUACACUAAGGAACAGACCACAUUUCCAACCAGAUGGAUUCCAGGUUCUAACACAUUCCCAACUACCAUAGAAUCCAUCAUGUUUUCCAAAACUCCAAAACCCACUACUAAAACUACCACAAUCCCGACCGCCCAAGAGACCACCACAGUCGAGACCACCCCAGAGCCCACCAUAGCCCUGACCACCCCAGAGCCCACCAUAGCCCUGACCACCCCAGAGCCCACCACAACCAAGACCAUCCCAGAGCCCACCAGAGCCCCGACCACCGCAGAGCCCACCACAGCCCCGAGCACCCCAGAGCCCACCACAGCCCCAACCACCCCAGAGCCCACCACAGCCCUGACCACCCCAGAGCCCACCACACUCUUUAUUAAAACAGAACCAACCUCAACCUCUGCUACUUCGGAAUCCGCCACAGUAAUUACUACUGAAUUUGUCGAUCUCCCAAAGGUCCAUGGGCUGGCCGAAGGGAAUUGGGAUAGCUCCAGAAAAGACCUUUUUCUCAACCCUGACUUUUGCUGCCUCCUUUCCCUGGCCUUCUACAUCUUGGGUAUCCUCUGGCUCCUGAUUGCCUCUGUUGUCCUUAUCCUGCUGCUGACCUGGGUCCAGCAUGUGAAGCCCCAGGUCCUGCACUCUGGCCAACCUGUUGCCCUGGCCCCAGCCACACAAACCACACACCUGGAGGUGCAGAAGGGAAAGCAAGUGACUGUGCCCCGGGCCUGGCUGCUCUUCCUCCAAGGGUCACUCCCUAUUUUCCGCUCCAGUCUCUUCCUGUGGGUACGGCCUAAUGGCCGUGUUGGGCCUCUGGUAGCAGGACGGCGGCCCUCAGCCCUGAGUCAUGGCCGUGGCCAGGACCUGUUGGGCACAGUGGGCAUUAGGUACUCUGGCCACAGCCUCUGAGGGUGGGAGGUUUGGGGACCCUGAGAGAAGCUCUGAUAGGCUCUGCUAUUGGAAUCUAGCUGGGGAGGGUAGGUAAGGAGCACAGGUUCACGGGGAGGUCUUAGUUACCUUUCUUUAAUCAGAAGCCCCCUCUUCACACCACAGCCACACAAUCUCAGACCCAGCAAAUUAGGAAGGGUAGAGAUGGGAGUAGAGGGCGGGUCUUGGAACAAUGUUCCCUGUGUUGCAUGUGGGGCUGAGAGAUAACACAGUUAUUACCAACACUAUUAGGAAGAACUUUUAGGAUAAAAAUAAACAGAAUAGAGCAUGGCUCCCACAUGCACCCAUGCAGAGGAAAUUCGGAAAGGACUUUGUGAAAAUGUGACCACUGAUUGCUUCUGGGUUUUCAAUAUGGGUAGUUUAAUUUUCAUUUUCUCUGCUUAGCAUUUUCUAGUUUCCUAUCACUACUGUAUAUUAUUUGUAUAAUAAAAAAAAAAUUAGCUUUUUCUUUUUUUUUAAUUGCUAGAGGCAUGCACUUG